CAGAUGAAUGAAGGAUAGACCGGGAAGAAACAAUGGAGACACUGUUGACGUAGCUUUGGCAAGUGCAUGGGGUCUACUGAACACACACCGCAAUAAAUUCACAAAUUCUAACAUCAGUCUAGAGUAAUAACGGAACCUGAACACAAAGAACCAACAACGCCACCGGAUACGGACUCAACGCAACGUAACGCAACAAUGAACGACAGCAACGAGAGCGACGAUAGCAACCGCGGCAGAGGACACGGAAGCGUCCGCGGAUCGAUCGUGGUCGUUGCCAAGUGCCCAAUUCCGGGAAAGAGCAAGACAAGGCUGAUUCCGCUGAUGGGCGAGGAAGGGUCGGUCCGGAUGGCAAAGGCCAUGCUAUCCGAUGUUCUCAAAACCAUCGAUGGAUGCGUGAGUUUCUUGUUUCUUUCGGUGUGAUGGCAUUCGAUCCCACUGAUUGAUCGAUUCGCACGAUUGAUAUGUAGAACGAUUCGUUAAAAGCUCAACAACUGACCGAUCGCGUUUCGUUGUCUUGGUAUAUUUUGAAUUUUAUGCCGGAAUCGUUGCCAGGCGGAGCUCGACUCCGUCCGAAAGAUUCUGCUGUACGCCCCGGGCACGGACGAGGGCCUGAAGCGGAUGCAAACGCUGGUGGCGGAACUCGGCCUCGUCACAGAGGCAGAACCAGGCUGCGAAUCCACMGGCGGCGGCAAAGAAUCCUGGAACUUGCUCGCGAUGGCCUCUUCCCCCUCCGACCUGAAAUCCCACGUCCUGGGUACCAAGCUGGAAGACGCCCUGGUCAGGGUGCGGGCCCUGGACCGUCAACUGCGGCCACCCAACGGGGUGGUAUUUCUGGGGAUGGACGCGCCGAUCCUGCCCCUGAACGAUAUCGUGGAAGGACUGGAGCGGGCCGCGGGGGAGACCGCUGCCGCGACGCUCUGCCCCGCGCUGGACGGGGGGUACGCCAUGCUCUGUGUCCCGGGGUCUGCCGAUCCGGCCCGAACCUUUUCGUCCGUGUGCUGGUCCCAUCCGAUGACGGGCAUGUCCCAGAUCAAGGCGCUGACGGACCGGGGGAUCCCCACGGUGGUGGGCAAAGCCGUCCGCGACAUCGACGAGGCCGGGGACGUCGAAGAACUCUGCCGUUUGCUGCAAAAAGAGUCGCGAGCGCCCGAUUCCCCGCCGCACGGCAGCGACCGACGGACGAAAAACCUGGAAGAGCCCGGGAAAUGGUCCUCUCGUUGCACUGCUGGUGAUAACGGGGUAAGUAGUUCCCACCCGGUCUGUCACUAUACGCGCCGGGCAUUAGUGGAAGCCGGCCUCGUGGCCGAGCACGAAACGGGAGGAUCACUGGAUGAAUAGAAAGCACGGCGCUUUUCGGGUUAUUGCAGAUCGGCUGCAAUCGUCUCGGUUAGGGUAUCGUCGAAUGGUCGGGUCAAAUUCGAUCAAUCAGKGGCGUCCUUGUACCCAUCGGGCGCGUUUGAUCCCACCGCCUGCAACUUGGCUAUUGGGUACAACUCCGGUCCUUUUUCUUGUGCACAAGUCGAGCGCUACUUGACCGAGUGUUAUCGGGAAGUCUUAUGCUGCCAGCUAUUGUAAGUUGUAGCGCCGGUAUGAAGAGGGCAAAAUGCAUCGAGCUGAUCAAAGCCAAGAAACAUUGUUGAGAGGAAAGAUAUCGAUGCGAUAGCUGUUCCAGUUCCCAAUCGUUCGCAAAGAUAUUAGAACGGUGAAAUAAAGCAAAAAGCCAUGAAAGACACCCCUUGGAAUUCUGAAUCGAUCAAUCCAAGCGACAGACAGAAAUUGCGGAUUUUUCCUCAUUUUUCUAUAAAUUUCCAUGGUUGCAACAAGAAGAUUCCAAAGAAAAACAGGAACUACUCAGCUAUCACAUGUAGCAGUAGUAUUGCCAAGCAUGAAGCUGUUGAUCAUAUUGUCAAGUUUGCUUAGUUUUAACCUGCUCUUCCUUACUGGUAAGGCCAGCUCUUGUCCUUUAUAGAGCAAUAUCAAGAAUAUUUCAUACAAAGUGCUGUAAUUGACAAUAUGACAACAAACAAACACCUAGUAGGACU